CGAUGAUACCACCGCCACCACCCGCACAUCUGUCGAUGAGGGCGGAGAUCGAGUGGCUAGCUGGCAGCGCGGACAAUGCUCGCGGCGUCGCUCUCGCUCUGUCGUCGAGCCUCUUCAUUGGCGCCUCCUUCAUCAUCAAGAAGAAGGGGCUGCUCAUGUCGGUCGAGAAGGGCGGCAGCUCUGCGUCGGCGGGUGGCUUUUCGUACCUGCGGCAGCCCGUCUGGUGGCUCGGCAUGCUGACGAUGAUCGGCGGCGAGUCGGCCAACUUCAUCGCGUACGCGUACGCGCCCGCUAUUCUGGUGACGCCCCUCGGCGCUGCCACCAUCGCCGCCUCCGCCGUCUUUGCGCGCUUCUUCCUCGGCGAAGACAUGCACAUCUGCGGUAUUGCAGGGAUCCUGCUGUGCACCGUCGGCACGGUCGUGCUGGUGCGGUUCGCGCCGGAGGAGGCGCCGGUGACGAGCGUCGAGGAGGUUUGGUCGAUGGCGAUGCAGCCCGUCUUCCGCGCGUAUGUCUGCUUUGUCCUCUCCUUCACCCUCGCCCUCGUGUAUGGAGCGGCGCCUAAGUACGGAAAGACUCACGUCGUCGUCUACGUCGCCAUCUGCUCAAUGAUCGGGUCGCUGAGUGUGAUGGCGCUGCGCGGGAUCGGCAUCGCCGCCAAGCUGACAAUGCGGGGCUCGGACCAGCUGCGCAAGCGGGAGACGCUCUUCUUCAUCCUGUGGGUCGGCUGCUGCAUCGCGACGCAGAUGAACUACCUCAACAAGGCGCUAGACACCUUCAACACCACGAUGGUCUCGUCCGUGUAAUACGUUUUUUUCCCCGUUGGCCCGGUCCCCGCCUGGAGGUUCAUGUCCAAAGCCUGGGAGACCCGGACCCCGGGCUCCUUUUUUUGGCAGGUCGUCGCCCUCCUCGUCAACGUCGCCGGGGUGCACAUCCUCUCGGGGACCAGGGACUCGGCGCCCGGCUGCCGCGCCGGCCUGCGCGCGCUGCUCUCGAGGAGAAAGUCCGAGGAGAAGCCCGAGUACACCCACCUCUGCGCGUGCGACGACGACGCGGAGCAGCAGCAGCAGCAGCAGCAGCAGCAGCAUGGCGGCGCGAGCAGACGCGACUGGCUCGAGAGUAGACACUGAUCAAACGCAGGAGGGCGCAGAAGUGCUGCACUUCUGCACAGCGCUGCAUUCUGUUUAGGGGGCAGGGACCCAGGACGGUCGGGCACCGAGAUAGAGAUGAUUCAUCAGAGAGAUUUGCGCACGCGUGUGUGCGAGCGAGGCCACGUGCACCAAGCCAGCUCACAGGACUCAGGAGUUCAAGUAGCGUGAGCAUAAUAUUACUUCAGCCUUCAGGGGACC